CACAGACAACCCAAACCCAGCGACCACCAUGGCAUCAGCACCGCCGCCGCAGCGACGCCGCGCAUCGCCGCCGGCGAUCCCGGACGAGCUCGUCGAAGAGAUCCUCCUCCGCCUCCCGCCCGACGAACCGGCCUGCCUCCUCCGCGCCUCCCUCGUCUGCAAGGCCUGGGGCGGCAUCGUCUCCCACCCCGUCUUCCGCCGCCGCCUCCACGAGCUCUACCUCGCACCCCCCGUGCUCGGCUUCCUCCACGGAUCGGAAGAAGACGACUCCCCGCACUUCGUCUCCACCACCGCGUCGCCCUUCUCCCUCGCCGCCCCGGACUGGCGCUCGUGGCGGGCCGUCGACUGCCGCCACGGCCGCGCCCUCUUCCUCUCCAAGCGCAAUCAUACUCGUACCUGGGAGCUGCUCCUAUGGGAGCCAAUCACGGGCGCCCAGCAGCGCAUACCGGUGCCCGCGGCGUUCAACGGCAGCUGGCCGACCGCGGCCGUGUUCUGCGCAGUGGACGGGUGCGACCACCACGACUGCCUUGGGGGUCCAUUCCGCGUGGUCUUCGUCUUCGUCGUCGACAACGAAGACGUUGACUACGACGACAAUGUCAUAUCGGCCGGCGUAUACUCGUCGGAGACCGGCACGUGGGGCGAGCUGACCUCGAUGUACAGCGAAUUCAUGAUGUUCUUUGGAAAAUAUUCCAGCCUGCUCGUUGGGAGGUCUCUGCUCUACUUCAUGUCCGAUGCUGGGUUGAUCCUGGAGUACGAUUUAGUGAGGCAUGGCCUGACCGUCUUCGACACACCUGACUGCCAGCCCGGCUACAAGUCCGACUGUGGGUCGUCGUCCUCGGACGACAACAGAUUUAAACUCAUGCUUGCGGAGGAUGGUGGGCUGGGAGUUAGUGAAGAAUCGGGUCUGCGCCUCAAACUGUGGACAAGGAAGGCGAGUGACACCACUGAUGCACGAUGGGUAGUCAACUGCAUCUUCUGCUUGGAAAACUUGCUUCCAGCUAGCGAUCUCUUGGUCCCGGGCAUAAAUUAUAGAGUGACUGUGCUGGGCUUUACUGAGGAAGCACAAGUCAUUUUCGUUGACACGAUUGAUAGCCUCUUCACAAUCGAUCUGCAAUUAGGGUUGGUGACGGAGGUGCCGGAUGAUCGUGGCUUCUGCAAUCUGAUUCCAGUUGUCGGCUUCUACGCUCCUGUGCCCCGACGCGAGAACCAGAAUCUGCUGGCGUUGAAACCUUGUGAGGAGGCAAGUGGUGAGCUACUUGUAUAG